GGACCGCCCAAGUCUCCGUGGCGCCACGCCGAGCAGGCGGCUGGGGGCGGCAAAGGGCAGCAGCCUCCCAAGCCGAAGCGGCUCACUGACGAGAAGCGUGCCUACUUCGUGGCCUGUCCCGCCGACCAGCUCGACGCUUGCAAGGAGCUCAUCGCGGAGGCGGACUGGCAGGCCCUUCGUCAGCAGCGCUUCCUCAUCCAGCAGCAGCUGGGCUCGCUGUCGGCGGUCAAGCCUGUCAGGAGUGCGCAGGUGGCGGCCGACGAGGCUUCCAAGCGCCUCCUGCGGGCCCGCGGCGAGCUGGAGCGCAAAAAGAAGGCGGCCCAGGCAGCGCUGCAGGCGGCCUUCGACCAGGAGAAGCACGUCGCGAAGCUGCAGGUGGAGUUGGACGAGCUCGUCGAGAAGGCCAGGCGUGCCCUGGCUGAGCCGCCUGUCGCGGCGGUGCCGCGCGCCGAGGACCGCUGCGUCGCCGACGUCGCCAAGUACAGGGACCUGGUUGGCACUGCCUCAGGUGCCCUCGGCGGCAUCGAGCUUGGCGAGCUGGCUGGCCCGCUCAAUUCGCUCAUCGCCGCACUCCAGCAGGAUGUGGCCGCCUGCGAGGCCUCGGGCGCCCCGCCAGCAGCUGCUGCGCCUGUCCCUGCCGUCGCUGCGGCAGGCGCCCAGUCUGGGGCGGGGGCGCAUGCAGCGGAUCUGGGGGGUGAGCACACGGCGGUGGGCGAUGACGACGAGGACAUGGAUUGCCGCAACCUAUCCCCUGAGGCUUUCGCGGCGCAGGCCGAGGCAUUCUGCGACGGCGACGCCGAGAAGAGGAAGUGGCUCGAGGCUUUCCGCGACCGCUGCUACGCGGACAAGAAGCCCAUGAACGCCUUCAGCAACCUGGACAAGUGCCUCACGGAGCAGAUCCGCGGGUGCAACGUUCUGCUCUUCCAGGAGACCCGCCUCAGCGGGGCGCGCACGACGGAUGCUGAAGGUGAGCUUCGUCGUCGGGGACGGCGUGCCGCGGGCGUUGAGGCCCAGGCGUCUCAGGCGGGGGGCCUGGCGUCUGGGGGGCUCCUCACGUGCUCGCGCCUUGAGCACGGAUUGGCGACCAUGAUGGGCUACGAGACUCCAGUCGUUCGACCUGGGCGAGUGCAGCUGCUUCACCACGCUGGGCUGACUCCUGGGGGAGUCGUAGUGGGGAACGUGUACUUGGGGAGCGGCGUGGGGGUGAACGC